AUGGCCUACAUUGCCGGACACACAUGUAUUGACUUUCGUGAAGAUCCAACUGCUACUAAUCGGUUACGAAUUGUCAAACUAGAUCGUGACGCUAAGGCUUCUUCUUCGGAAUGCGGGAUGCAAGGAGGUGUGCAGGAGCUGUCCAUGGUUCCUGACUGCCCGGUUGGAGAUGUGAUCCAUGAAUUAAUUCAUUCUCUUGGAGUAGAGCAUAUGCAAAAUCGUUACGAUCGCGACAAUUAUGUGAAAGUCAACCUGUCAUCUUCCGAAAAGGCAGAUGACAAAUAUCAAUUUGAGAAAAUGCAAGCUGAUAACUCCAUCAACUACACGCCGUACGAGUACGGCAGUAUUAUGCACUACAGCGCAGAGUGGAACGAUGGCACUAUUGUGAUGACGCCUGUAGAUUCGUUGUACAUGCGUACGAUGGGCUCGCCGAUUCCUUCUUUUUACGACAUGAUGAUGCUGAACAUGCACUACAAGUGCAACGGUAUCCUUACAUUUAUUCGAGGCUUUUCCUCAUCACCAUAG